GGCGGAGCCGGCACGCACUGCCGGGCGGCCGUAGCCGGACGGAGCUCGGCCAUGGGCGGCGAGCGGAUGGUGCUGCGGCGGGCGGCGCACGGUGCCCUGAUGCUGGGCCCUGCGCGGAACAUCUCCUCAUGGCUGGCCCGAUGGUUCCCCAAAGUCCCAGCCAAGCCCGUCGUGGCCCUGAAAACACCCAUCAAGGUGGAGUUGGUGGCUGGGAAAACCUACCGGUGGUGUGUGUGUGGCCGCAGCAAGAAGCAGCCCUUCUGUGACGGCUCUCACUUCUUCCAACGCACUGGCCUGUCCCCACUCAAGUUCAAGGCCCAGGAGACCCGUACAGUGGCUCUCUGCACCUGCAAGGCCAGCCAGAAGCCACCAUUCUGUGAUGGAACACACAAGAAUGAGAGUAUACAGAAGGCAGAGGUGGGCUCCCCUGUCUGAGUUGGCAGUCUCAGUGGCCUGGGCUUCGGGCCUCCCACACCCCGAGAGGAUCCUGGGCUGGCCUGGGGGUUCCCGACUCAGCGGCUGCUGGUAUAUAGAGAUGGGAUUAAAGA